AUGGCGUCCGUGGAGCUGACGCCCGGAGGCGUCGCGCUCGACGACGGCGGCGAGUCGAAGGCGGGCCUGCUCGUCGUCGAGGAGCCGCCGUCGACGCCGGUCCGCGACCGGUCGCGGGACGGCGUGGGCCCCAUCGCGGCGCCGGAGGGCGUCCAGUCCCACAUGCCCGAGGGCGUCCAGGAGGACCUCUACGACGCCUUCAAGCGCAUGGACGUCGACGGGGACGGCGUGCUGACGCAGGCGGAGCUCUACGAGUCGCUCGAGGAGAGCGGCAUCCCGCGCGGCAUGGCGCACCGGCUGCUGCGCAUCGCCGACGUCAACGGCGACGGCGCCAUCAACUUCGACGAGUGGUGCGCGGCCGUCGAGCGCACGUCGUCCCAGAACCGGCGCCAGAUCCUCCGCGUCGCGAACCGGAUCUGCAAGCGGACGGAGUCGUCGCGCCACAUGCCCAUGCCGAGCCCGCGCAUGGGCGUGCGCCACGUCUCCGUGCCCAGCGGCGGCGGCGCGGCGCUCGCCGCGUCCCUCGCGGCGUCGCCGCGGGGGCCCUGGGGCCCCGGGGCGAACCGCGGCGCGCGGGAGCCCGAGGCGGGCGCGUACUGCCCCGGGUGGCGCGUGCCCCUCGAGCCGACGUCGCCCGCGCGCAUCUGCUGGGACCUGACCAUGGCCGUGCUCCUCUUCUGGCUCGCCGUGAGCCUGCCCUUCGAGCUCGCCUUCGUCCGGGACCGCGGGCCGGGCUGCUACGUCGGCGGGUGGCCCGCGAAGCUCGACGUCUUCCUCGACGCCUGCUUCUUCUUCGACAUCGCCAUGAACUUCGCGACGGGCGUGGCCCUCGACGACGACACGGUGACGCUGGACCCGGGCAAGGUCUGGCUCAACUACGUCCUCGGCUGGUUCGCGCUCGACCUCGUGUCGUCGAUACCCUUCGACUGCAUCACGGGCUCCGUGCUGCCGUCCAUGCAGCCCGCGAAGCUCCUCAAGGUCGCCAAGGUCGCCAAGGUCUUCAAGUUGUUGCGCCUGAGCAAGGCCAUGAAGAUCUUCAAGGAGGGCAGCCCCAUGGCGGACUACGCGGACGACGUCCUGUUCCACUCGUCGACGCAGACGGUCAUCAAGGUCAUCUCCAUCCUCGUGUCCGCGUCCCUGCUCUGCCACUGGCUCGCGUGCCUCAUGGCGCUCAGCGGCGACGGCUUCCUCGACAACUACAGCAACGACGAGGACGACUGGCUGUCCCUGCUCCGGGACGGCGGCAACCCGAUCGACGACUGGGAGGGCAAGAGCGCGAACGACUGGGACACGCUGAGCCGCUACAACGCGGCCAUCUACUGGGCCAUGACGACGAUGACGACCGUGGGCUACGGCGACAUCCUGCCCCACAGCGACGCGGAGCGCACGGCGACGUGCGUCGCGAUGGUCGUCGGCGGGUCGUUCUACGGCUUCGUCAUCGCGCAGAUCGGCACGAUCAUCGGGUCGACGGACCUGAAGACGAAGCGCUUCUACGAGCGCAUGGACCUCGUCGCCGCCUGGCUCGAGCACCACGAGUUCCCGGGCGACCUGUGCCGCCGCGUCCGCAAGUACCUCCGCGUCUACCUGAACCAGCGGACCGCGCUCGACGAGCAGAGCAUUUUGAACGACCUCAACCCCCAGCUCCGCAACGACAUCGCCCACUACCUCAUCCACGACGACGUGGGCUUCCACCCGCUCUUCGACCUCCUGCCCACGGGCACGCUCGCGCGCAUCGCGUCCAUCAUCCAAUUGGUCCGCGUCGCGGGCGGCGAGGUCGUCGUCCACGCGGGCGACCCGGGCCACGCCAUGUUCGUCAUCAAGAAGGGGACCAUGGUGCGCGUCGAGGCCGACGUCGCCCUCGCCGCGGACGACGCCGCGGAGCCGCCGCCGGCGACGCCCAAGGCGGACCGCGCGUCCGUCGUCGCGCCCGCGGCGGGCCGCCGCGCGGCGCUGGGCGUCGGCGACUCCUUCGGGGAGCUCGUGCUGCUGGGCAUGAAGAAGACCUACACCUUCACGGUGGAGACGACGGAGUCGAGCGAGCUCCACGUCAUCCCGACGGAGGACUUCUUGGAGCGGUUCCAGGGCAUGCCCGACAUCCUCUACCGCCUCAAGGCGUCGCUCGCCGCCGACGAGAACCUCGACAUGACGAAGCUCGACGGCGAGGACAAGGACGCCAUCGUCGAGGAGAUGGCCGCGCGGGACCACGGCGAGGCGGAGACGCAGGCCGCGCUCCAGCGGCUGCUGCUCAUGGAGCAGAAGCUCGACAACCACGUCAUGCGCAUGGAGUCGGCCCUGAACGACCGCCUGAGCGCCGUCGAGGCCCGCGUCCACGGCGACGCCUUCGCGCCCCGCGUCGUCGACGACGAGCCGGCGCCCGCGCGGCCGCGGCUCGCGACGUCCGGCGCGCCGCCGCUCCGGCAGCCGCGCCGCGGCGCGCCGGGCGCCGCGAAGCGCCGCCUCAAGCUCCGCGACGCGCUCGCGCCGGCGACGGAGCGCCGCGCCGUCGCCGCCGCGGCGCCGCCCUUCGCGCUCGUCGACGCGACGCCGGCCUUCUCGCGCGCGGCGGCCGCCGCGCCGCGGCAGCCCCUCCCCGCGCUCCUCGCCGCGCCGGACGUCGAGGACGCCCUCGAGCGCUGCGCGCGGGGCCAGCACGCCAACGUCCUCGUCCGCACGGCCGACGACGGCCUCCACCUCGCGCGGCUCGCGCCGGUCCACGACGACGACGGCGUCAACGUCGCCUUCGUCCUCGUCGUCCUCGUCGACGUCGCCUGCGCCCUCGACACCCAGGUCGCCGACGACUGA